AUGAAGUUCUUUUCCAACACUUUUUUGGUCCUCGGUCUUUUGGUUGUUGGCGGUUUAACUGCUCCAGCUCCAGCGAUUGAAGAACGUGGCAUUAAUGGAAUUAAUUGUAAAGUCACGUCAUUACAACCAAAAACAUGGCAAUUGGGCAAAGACGCUCAAGUCGAAUGGGCCUGCACUGGGUUCAAAAGGGGUUUCCGAAAAGCUCCCGCCGAAGAUUUAAUUUUUAUCGAAAUCGGUACCGGUACAUCCAAAAACUUCAAAUAUGUUGAUACCAUUGAUGAUCGUGCCAAGGUUCGCGAGAAGUCAUUCUCUUGGAAAUUAGAACGUCCAUACAAGCCUGGCAAAAAUUAUAUCAUUAGAUUAAGACAUAAAAAGAAGGGGGACCAAGAUCCAACCGACUUUAAAGCAUAUGAAGCUUUGGAUUGGAAAUAUUCCAAGAAUUUUGAGCUUAAACCUUUUGCCAAAAAAUAA